ACGUGGCCAGUUUGACGUACUGCUUAACGCGUUCUAUCCUAUCUGUUCGAAUAACAAUGUUUGAAAGAAUCUGGCCGAAUAAAUUAUAUUGUCUUAUCAUUCUUAUCUUAUUUGAUUUACGUAAUUUAAAUGCAAACACUGCGGCCCGUAAAAAUGUUGUAUUACUUUUGGCUGAUGAUGGAGGAUUUGAAAUGCGAUCCUACUUAAAUAAAAUUUGCCAGACACCUAAUUUAGACAAAUUGGCAAAAGAAAGUUUGUUAUUUAAUAAUGCAUAUUCAUCGGUUAGCAGCUGUUCACCUAGCCGUGCUUCUUUACUCACUGGUUUACCAAGUCACCAGAAUGGAAUGUACGGUCUCCAUCACGGAAUUCAUCACUUUAAUUCCUUUGAUAAUGUUCAAAGUUUACCAAAAAUAUUAAGAGAAAAUAAUAUACGAACAGGUAUUAUUGGAAAAAAGCAUGUAGGCCCGGAUAGUGUAUACCCAUUUGAUUUUUCACAAACAGAAGAAAACAAUUCAAUCCUUCAAGUUGGUCGCAAUAUUACUAAAAUUAAACUUUUAGUGAGAGACUUUCUUUCCCACAAUGGAACACAGCCUUUCUUUUUAUAUAUUGCAUUUCAUGAUCCUCAUCGAUGUGGACACUCUCAUCCAGAAUAUGGAAAUUUUUGUGAAAAGUUUGGCAAUGGUGAUAUUGGCAUGGGUAGUAUUCCUGACUGGCAUCCAAUAUAUUACCAAUGGGAUCAAGUGAAAGUUCCUUAUUUUGUUCAAAAUACGGAAACUGCUAGACGAGAUAUUGCUGCGCAGUAUACAACUAUAUCUCGUUUAGACCAAGGUGUGGGUCUAGUGCUAAAGGAAAUUGAAGAUGCUGGUUUCAAAGAUAACACAUUAGUCAUUUACACAUCAGACAAUGGUAUACCAUUUCCAAAUGGUCGAACAAAUCUAUAUGAACCAGGUUUGGCAGAACCUAUGAUGAUUAGGUCACCAAACCCAAAGCAUAGGAAAAAUGCUGUAACAUACAGCUUAACAUCUUUAUUGGACAUUGUACCAACACUGUUAGAUUGGUUUGACAUCACCUAUACGAAUCAACCUUCAUCCAAUGAAAAUGAAGUUCUUUCCCCACAAUUAACAGGGAAAUCACUUCUUCCGCUUCUCGAUCAAGAACCUGUUGAAAACAAUACUGCAGUUUUUGCCAGUCAGACACAUCACGAAGUCACCAUGUAUCAUCCCAUGCGAGCUAUUAGAACUAAAAGAUAUAAGCUAAUACAUAAUAUUAAUUACAAAAUGCCAUUCCCCAUUGAUCAGGAUCUUUUUGUAUCGCCAACUUUUCAGGAUCUUCUGAACAGAACGAGAACUAAUCAACCUCUCAAAUGGUACAAAACAUUGAAAAGUUAUUAUGAAAGACCAGAAUGGGAACUAUAUGAUCUUAAAUACGAUCCAGAAGAAAGAAAUAACAUUGUUUCUAAGUCAUCUGUACAGGAUAUAUUCACUGAUCUACGCAAAAGAUUAUUAAACUGGCAAGAAGUAACAGCAGACCCAUGGCUCUGCGCGCCCACAGGAAUUCUGGUUAACAUUGAAACUGAAAACCCUCAGUGCAUGUCAUUACAAAAUUUCCUUUAGAACAAACGAAUGUCUCAAAUUUUGUUAAGACUAAAAUAAUCACCAUUAUAUUCAUUACCAAUAUUUAUUACUAAUCAUUCUUGAAACUAUCAAAGGUAUAUUACACGUGACACACGUGAUUUAUCGUAUUUAUAACGAUUACUAGCAUUGUAAGACAAAUACAAAUAUUGGGAACCUAACAAUCAAUAAAUGAUCACAGUUGACAAUUUAUCCAAC